AUGGAAAUUCUCCUGCAGGCUCCCAGCAAUUCCCUGGCCAGUCAGCAGCAUUGCCUGCUGUCUGUGGUGUCCCUUGGAUCACUGGGGAAGGACUGGAUUUUGUGUAGAGUGCAAACAGACUCAUACAACCACACUGAAAAUUCCCUUUUCUUUCCACAGGGGAAAGUGGAAGUAGAAGCUGGGAAAGAAGGUAUGAAGUUUGAAGCAAGCGCUUUUUCAUACUAUGGUGUAAUGGCCCUUACCGCCUCUCCAGUUCCUUUGUCCCUGUCCCGUACCUUUGUUGUCAGCAGGACAGAGUUGUUAGCAGCAGGUUCUCCAGGUGAAAAUAAGUCACCUCCUCGCCCCUGUGGCCUGAAUCACUCAGACUCUCUCAGUCGAAGUGACCGGAUUGAUGCAAUAACACCCACGUUGGGGAGCAGCAACAACCAGCUCAAUUCUUCAUUCCUGCAAGUCUACAUCCCGGACUACUCGGUGCGAGCCCUUUCUGACCUGCAGUUUGUCAAGGUAGGUGGAGGGGGGAUGGUGGGCUGAACCUGGCAGGCUGAUUCCAACUUCACCGCAGGCUGUGGUCCUGCAGCCCAUCCCCUGAGCUUUCCCUUCGUUGUUUGGCUGUCAUUGGGUACCCUGCCUCCAGCUCUCAUCUGUGAUGCCUGCUUCAUCUGCUGGACCCAGGACUCAGGCGGUGAAUGUCCUUGGCUUUAUCCAGUGAGCGGCUAAAGCAAAUGUGGCCUUUGCAGGGAAUGGGAGCCCUUUCUCAAAGG